CUUUUAUGCUGCCUUAAUGUGCUCUUUGGAGCUUCAAAGUUUUGGCCACCAUUCACUUGCAUUGUAUGGACCUACAGAAAAUCUUUGUUUGUGUUCAGCAGAAGAAAGUCAUACACAUCUGGUAUGGCAUGAGGGCAAUGGAAUCAACCAUCAGCCUCCUCUCCGAGAAGCACUUCCUGUGCUCUCUGUGUGAGGAAAUCUUCAGCAACCCAGUUACGACGCCCUGUGGACACAGCUUUUGUAAAAUGUGUCUGCGUGUUUACUGGGGCCGCAGUGGUUCAGGUGAGUGUCCACUCUGUAGAAGGACCUUCAGUUCCAGACCCCAUCUCAGUGUUAACCGCAUACUGGAAGACGUUACUGAAAACUACAGGAAAACACGCUUGACUGCUAAAUCUAAGUUUUUUAGUAUGGAUGAACUGCAAGACGAACCUAAGAACACAGGAGAGGUGGAACAAAUGAUCCAGGAUAGACUUCAGAAGGUUGAGAAGUUUCAGUGUUCCUUAAAGCUCCUAAAGCACGGCAGUAUAAAUCGCCAUCUACCUGUCAGAAAAAGCAAAGCUCAGGCAUUCACGUCUAAUAUCUCCUUUUGGAACACUUGUCUCAAAGAGGUUCAGGAAAGUCAGAGGGUGUUUUCUUGUCUGCUGAGCACAUUAGAGCAGAGCCAUAAACUGGUAGUUGCUGCAGUUGAGCAGAAACAAAGAGAGGCGGAGAAAAGAGUCGACAGACUUGUGAAAAGUCUGGAGAAAGAAAUUUUUGAACUGAAAAGUGGAAACACCCAGCCAGGGCACUUGGAUGACAAGGAGCGCCUUAAAAAGAGUUUCAGUCAAUUACCUACAGUGAUGAGAGACUGGUCUAAAGUCACACUGGAGACUGAUCCUUGCGUUGGUUUCACCAGACAGGCUGUGGUCGACUUCAUGGAUACAGUCAUGGUGGAAGCUAAAAGACUUUCUAAAGCAGUUGAUGUUACUCUGAAUCACCGGACAGCCCACCCCAAUCUCUUCAUCUCUGAGGAUAGGAAAGAGGUUAGACAUACAAACAAACGGCAAGAAGUCCCAGAGAACCCUAAGAGGUUUGACCGGGUGGCCAAUGUGAUGGCCAAGGAAGCCCUGAGCUAUGGAAGGCACUUCUGGGAAGUGGAUGUUGGAGACAAGACUGAGUGGGACUUGGGCGUGGCCAGACAAUCUGUCAACAGAAAGGGAAAAUUCACAAUAUGUCCUGCCAAUGGCUUCUGGACACUUAGCUUAAAGAAUGGGACCCAGUAUGUUGCUAACACAUUCCCUCCCACUUCACUGUGCCUCGGUCACAAGCCCAGAAAAGUGGCCAUCUACCUGAACUAUGGGGAGGGUCGCGUGUCUUUCUUCUGUUUGGAUACUGGAGCUCAUAUCCACACUUUCAAAGAUACUUUCACAGAUAAGCUCCACCCCAUACUCAGCCCGGGACGACCUCAUGGGGACAAGAACACUGCUCCUCUGAUAAUCAGCUCCAGCUGUUGCAGCAUCUGA